UCCUCGAAUCGUUUUGUGUGUGUGUAGCUCUGUGAGUAGUGUGAAGCAAAUUUCUUGUUCGCCGAUUUUAAUUUUGCAUUUGGGUAUAUAUGCGACAAAAUUUUAAUUGUUAUUAAUAAUUAAAACGCAAUCGAAUAAUAGACAAACGACCCAUAAAAUGGUAUCUGCUGUUGAAGGCGAUGGUAAUAAAAAGGUGCCCACAUUUCAUGUUAUCCGUGAGGUCUAUGACAGCUCCGAUGCCCAUCAACGUUUUGAAGCCGAACUCGACAAGGCUUUGGAGGCUAAAGCGGAUUACAUUAUCAUAGAGCCACCACGUUUAGGCGAUGAGACUGGACGUUGGAUUACGGUGGGAAAUUGUUUGCACAAGACCGCUGUAGUUUCAGGCCUAGCUUCGCUAUUGUCAUCGUUGCUGUGGCACAAUAAACCUGUUAUAGCUGGACCCAUGUGUGCUGUGUCCUUGUUCUGUUCCGGUCUUUACACCGUCUCAUGGAACUAUGAUCCCUGCUGCCAGUACCAGGUUGAAAAUAACGAAGAAGUUUUAAUUAAACUGCCUUUAGCCGAUGUGUCAUCCCCUGUGAUCUUGGGCUAUGAGCCCAAUACAAAAACCAAAUAUUUACAUCGUAGUGUUACACUGCUUUCCGCAGCAUUUUGUGCUUGGCAAAUUUGGCGAUCCUAUAAGUAGUUCCAGUAGAAGGUUGAUUCAGCGAAGUUCAAGUCCAGACAGAAACACACUCAAGAUAAACAAAAAAAAAAAAAAAACGUAGAAUCAAGCAGAAAAUCCAUGUUCAAAACGAAGAGCUCCACACAAACAAACACAAAUUGUUCUACUUCGCACAUUUUUGUUUUUGUAAAGCGGCAGCAAACAACAGUGGUUUUAUAAGAAACAACCAAGAGCAAUUGUAGCCAUUACUCCGCCAAACCAAAAACGGAGAAAUGGAAAAAAGUUUAUUUUACUAUUUAAAGGCCAAUACCAAAACAUCUCAGUUUUAUUGUGUUUUUUUUUUUUUAUUUGAGUAUCGAUAAUUAAAAAAUUUUAAUUUUUUUUUAAGUUUAUCGUAUACAAAUGGUAAGACAAAAAACGAAAGGUUUAUUGAAUCGAAAGCCAGUAGGUUCGAACAUUAUAUUCAAAUUAAGAUAUUUUCAUGUCCCACCCAAAAUGUUUUGCAGUUGGGCAAAGAAAUGUGUCUUUAGCUGAGGACAAUUUAAAUGCAUUUUAUUUAAUAGCUAAAAGUUAAGAAGACAUUAAGUUUUUAUAUAUACAUAUACAUUAAUUAUAACAAUUUCGGAUGGUUUAAAAUUUGUCUAGAUUUUGCUAAUUUGGUUUUAUUUCAAAGCAAUUUGCGAUGUAUGUACUAAAAAAAGUCCAUUUUUUCCAAGUUUCCAUUUACCCAAUGUCUUUGUCGAAGAAAAAAAGAAACACCAUAAAGUUCUCUAAAUCUUUGCAUGUCAGCCCGAGGAAAUGUUGAAAAAUUGAAAACAAAUUCCCUUAUAAAGUCUACCAAUAAUCUCUGUAUAAAAAAUUGUUGUGUAUUUAAGCCAAAUGAUAUGGUGUGUGUGUUUUAUGUUUCCCAGGUAUUCUUUUUAUUUAUCUUAGAUUGUUUUUUUUUUUUUAAUUAAAUGUAGAUUGAAUUCUUUAAAUUAUUUCUAACAUAAUAAGUUUUUACUUAAAUCUAUUUUACUACAACACAAAACGAGGUCUGUCAUAUUAUUUGCUCAUUUUCUAGGAUUAAACGCUAUCACCUUUUUCGAUUUUGUAUUGAAACUAGAACAAACCAACUAUCUACCCCCUGUGCAUACUCGUAAUUUCAAACUGUGUUGUUUUUCAAAAACAAAAAAAAAAAAUGCUUAUUAUUUAGCGAUUCUUUGUAUUAGUUGUAAAUUUAUUAAAUCAAAAGAUGUUAAAAUAAUAAUAAUAAAAAAAAAAAUGCAAAAUAAAUACGAAUACGUUUAAGGAA